UAAAAAAUAUUUGUUUGUAUAAUUUUUUUUCCCAAAAAAUAAUAGAUAACACUAACGCAUUACUAAACGGUAGUAUGUGAGCACUAGAGCAAUCAAACACACAAACAUACAUACGUGACUCACGCGCUCUACGGUCGGGGUGUGUGUGUGUGCACAGAGAGCCUGAGCUUAAGUUUAUGCAGAUUAAAGAAAUGAAUGUUGUUGUUGUUGUGGAAGAAAAACAAAUUAACCAAGAUUUGAUUUUUUUUUUUUGUAUAUUUACACAACGGAUCACACGCAGCAUUAUCAGCGUAACAACAGCAACAGACACACAUAGCAUACAUAAUAGUAGAGCAGCGGGCGCUCAGCUCUUCCUCUUCCGCUUGAUCUCGACAUUUGUUUUGUAUUUUUUCCGGAGUGUGUUUGUUUGCUGAAAUCUGAGUUUUUUGUGGGUUGACACAAAAUGUUAACUCUCGCAACACUGCGCCACUGGUGGCAGCAUCAGUUGAGUCGUGACAGUCUACGUGAUUUUUUCAACCGUACGAAUUGUGUGUAUUUUUGGCAUUUUUUAAAACGUAAGGUCGCGCCCGAUGAGGAGAAGGUAGCCACGGAAGAAAUGACUUACCACAAGAAACCAACCUCGAAGGUUCCAUGGUACUUCGCGCCAGCCUACCUACUGUUCUGGCUUGUGCUCUUAUUCGCUGUUGUUGUGCCAGUCUUCUUCUCGCUACCCACUGGACUUACCAUUCAGAAUGCGAGUUUGAACCCUGGCAGAUUCAUAGCAGAACGUGCCGAGCGUAUACUCAUUGAUUUCGAUAAAAUUGGACCGAAAGUGGUGGGAAGUCAUGCAAAUGAGAAUCAUACAGUACAGCUGCUACUGGAUCAAUUGGAAGACAUAAGACGUGUUAUGCAGACGGAUCUCUUCGAAAUGGAAAUCGAUGUGCAAGUCGUUUCGGGUGCAUAUAUACACUGGACUAUGGUGAAUAUGUAUCAGGGUGUACAAAAUGUGGUGGUACGUUUCCGGACGAAAGCAAGCACCAGCGAAUCAUAUCUGCUGAUUAAUAGUCACUUCGAUUCGAAGCCGGGUAGUCCAGGCUCUGGUGAUGAUGGUGCUAUGGUUGUCAUAAUGCUUGAGACCUUACGCGUACUCGCCACCAAUCGCAGACCCUUCAGGCAUCCCAUCGUCUUUCUUUUUAAUGGUGCCGAAGAGAAUCCGUUGCAGGCCUCACACGGUUUCAUAACGCAACACAAGUGGGCCAAGAAUUGCAAAGCUCUUAUUAAUUUGGACUCGGCGGGUAGUGGCAAUCGUGAGAUUCUCUUUCAAUCCGGACCAAAUCAUCCCUGGCUAAUGGAUAUUUACCGUAAAAGCGUCAAACGCUCAUAUGCAACCACAUUUGCUGAGGAAAUAUUCCAAGCUGGUAUUUUACCUUCGGACACAGAUUUCAGAAUCUUCAGCACAUACGGUAAAUUGCCAGGUCUCGACUUAGCGCACUCAUAUAACGGUUAUGUGUACCAUACGAAAUUCGAUAGCGCCAGCGUUAUACCACGUGGCACAUUGCAGACAACUGGCGAUAACAUAUUGGCCAUGGCACGCGCCUUCUCCAACAGCUCAGAGUUAAAGGAUCCAUCUCGCCAUGCCAAGGGUCACAAUGUUUUCUACGACUUUUUCGGUUAUUUCGUCGUCUACUAUACCGAAGCUACAGCACGUGUACUCAACACCUGUGUCGCUGUGGGCGCUGUAGCGCUCAUUGGCAUCUCGAUGUACCUCAUGGCAGCUGAGUCUUACGUUUCCCUCGGCUAUAUUAUACGUCUAUUCUUGCGUAUAUUUCUGCUGCAUUUAAUUGGUUGGAUUUUGGCCUUCGUAUUGCCACUAGUUAUGGCGUUGAUUUUCGAUAGCGCCGAUCGUUCGUUAACAUGGUUUACCAGUAAAUGGUUGAUUUUUGGUCUAUACAUCUGUCCAACCCUCUUGGGAUUGAGUACACCCACACUGCUGUACUUGAGCAUAAGCCGUAAUGAUAAAGUUUCAGCACCAUUCCGUCUACAAUUGGUCGAUCAUGCGCACACAUUGAUACUAGCUAUACUUUGUAUCGGUCUAACCUUUAUGGGCAUACGCAGUUCGUACUUCCUCAUGAUUCCGCUGCUCUUCCAUGGCAUAUCCUUGGUGUUGAACAUGAUAACAACACUGCAUAAACGCUCUUAUUACUGGUCGGUCUUUGUCAUAUUAUGCCAAGUUAUACCCUUCCUAUACUUCACAUAUCUAUUUCAUGGUCUUUUGUGCACCAUAAUGCCAAUGAUGGGUCGUUUUGGUAGUGCCAGUAAUCCAGAUUUAUAUAUAGCUAUCAUUACUAUUAUGGGUAUUAUGUUGUCUAUGGGUUAUUUGAUUCCAUUGCUCAACAUUUUCAAUCGUCCAAAGUUGGUUUUCCUUAUACUGCCAGUGAUUACGCUUGUUAUUGCCUUGACUGCAAUGUCGAAAAUCGGUUUUCCCUAUCGGCCAAAAACUAAUGUGCAGCGUGUCAAUUUAUUAGAAGUACGUCGUGUAUUCUACGAAUUCGAUGGCACCGUUAGCCGCAACGAGUCUGGUUAUCUUUUUGAUUUCCAGGAUAGACGUAAACAUCUACCACUUGCACCUUACGUUGAUCUGGAAGAUUUGUAUAACAUUAGCGAUGAUUGUGACAAGUAUAUGAUGUGUGGCAUGCCCAUAUUCAACCAUCGCACAACGAAAUCACGUCGUCAAGCUGCUUGGCUACCACGUGAAGUACCGCUACAAUUGCCAGGAGUACCACGUCUAACGCUGCUACGUAAAAGUGUCAACACCAGCACAGAGAGUGUACGUUUCGAAUUCGAACUUGAAGGACCCUCGCAUAUGAGCAUUUUUGUGCAACCACUUGAGAAGGUGACGGUCAGCGGUUGGUCUUUCUUGCCGGAUUUAUUGCGUCGCCAACCACCAUUCCAUGUUUUCUUCUCUUAUGGCAAAAUAAGUACACCACUCAAAUUUUACAUUGACUUGAAAAAGGAGAAUAGCGAGUUUGACGAAUCAGUAAUGCAGUUGGGCAUUUCCGCACAUUAUGUUAGUUUUGAGCACGAACGCGAUGAAGAAACCAAAAAGUUCCUUGCCACAUUCCCACCGUACUCCUAUGUUAUGGAAUGGCCUAGUUCUUAUGAACGUUAUAUAUUUUAAGUAAAGUGUUGCAUUAUUUUUGUUGAUUGUUUUACUUUACACAAUGACGAUAUUUAAUAAAUAACGAUUUAAUGAAGAAAAUA